CCUCCAGACUUCCAGAGAGCCGCGGGUCGGAGCUGUUGUUUUCGUAAGACACCGCGGGACGCCGGUCUGUGGCGCAUCACUAACCCAUUAAUGUGAAGUUAACGUAGGAAAGGCAACUAAACGAGUCUUCGCUUCGACAGAGAUUUGGAGGGCCCGGACUGACUAUCGAUGGAGACGCUCCAGAAUGGGCAGAACGCCUCCCUUGUCAUGUUGGCCUUCCUUCAAGCAGACUGUAGAGACUCAGACUACAGCAAGGAGCUCAAUUCCCUGGGCACGCACCUAAAUCUGACCAAGGACAUCAACUCCAACAGCCACUGGCCAGACAGUCAGGAGGAUGAAGGCCUUGAAUGUGACGGUCACCUGCCCUGCAGCAGCAGCAGCAUCACAGAGCUCCUACACGGGAUCCAGCCCGUAGCGGAACUGCGGUGGCCUCAGGACCGUGAAGAAGCAGCAGCCCUCCGUGGGAUUGCAGAGGACCUGAGGGAAGUCGCAGCCCAGCUCGAACACAAUGUGGUGGCCCGGGCUACCCAGAACCUGAGCAGGAACAUACAAGUCUGCCCCUCUGAGCAGUGGACGUAUUUCCUUGCCAACGAGGUGGAGCGGGUCAUGAGGCAGGGCGUGGGCUUGGGUCUGGAGCAUCUGCCCCAGGAGCGGGUCAUUGUGGCCCUCACGCUCACUCUGGUGAGGGGAGUGUGCGAGCAGGCGCCACGGAUGCUGAUUGGCCUCUUCAACAGCGCGCUGCAGUACAUCUGGCGUGCAGGCCCCAGGUGACUUUAUAAUUGCAAUUUAGAGGAAAUACCAGUGAAAGCGGGUGCUGCAGGACGGCUGAAUCUGAAACACGCUGCUCCUCAUGACCAGCCGACUGUGAAAUGAGCUCAACAGCGGUAGCGAACACUUCACUAACUAAAGGAAAUGGAUGAAUUAUUUGUGUUCUGUAUAGAAAAUGGAAGUUGAGUUUCGACACUUGAAUUUUUUUCUUUAUGUACUUUGAAUUGUACCUUUUCCGUUUAUUCUUGCAUAAAAAGUGUAUGUUUUCGUUUUAUACUUGAAAAUACGUGAUUAUUUUUGUAUUGAAUCACUUUGAUUUUGGGAGAAAUAUGAAGUCGGCAUGUUUUGUAACUUGGAAGAGAAAAAAAAUGGUUUCAUAGAAUUUACGUUCAGUCUUAAAAUACUUUGGAGAUGUGUUUUGUAUUUGUGAACAAAGAAAAAUAAACCACCACGGAAGGAUUUGA